AACAGUGAACAUGAAAAGGUUAUUUUAUACAAAAAAUAUCUAAAACUGGAGUCUUCCACACAUGCUUGCAAAAUAAAGUUGCUUUCCUUUGGUGAAAAGCAGUGCGUGUUCAUCAGUAAAGUUGUGAUCCACAUGAGGCCAGUUUCGACAAAUUCUUCAACAUGCUCUCCUGCUCUAGGAUCAAGGAUAGACCUUGAGAAGGUCCAAACCAUCAUGGAGUCCGUGGGGUCAAGGUUAUCACCUGGAGCUCAGCAGUUGAUGAAUAUGGUUAGAUUUCAGCAGCAGAAUUGUAUUCCCGUUGGAGAGCAGCUUCAGUCAGGUUUGGACCCUGCUGGAUACAAGCACAUGAUUGGGCUACAGUCAUCAUCUCCUUCAGGAGUCUUUGACAAGUCAUCCUCCACACCUUUUCCUUUUAGAACUGGAUUGACGUCUGCAGAUGUGACUGGAGACUUAAAAGCUUACAUUGAGAAAAGUACACAACCACACGGUGAAGGAAAUAUUACAAACCUCGAAGAGUAUAAAAUAAUGCCACAAAACCAUUCUUUUCUUGAAAAUGAUCUUAAAAAUGCAGUACCUUCUUUCUUACAAAAGAAAGCAAGUGACAGCUCAAGUAUACCUACCUCUGAGUUGCUGCCUUUUCUCCAGAACUUGUGUAGUCAAGUUAACCAUCUCCGUGUGGGACGUAACAUCCCGUGGCCAGAAAACGUCACCAAGCCCAGUGAAGGCAUUAUUGGCAUUGUAACGGAAGAGCAACCUGUUUGCUCCUACUUGGAAAAGAUUCUUUCCAAAAAUAUGGAACUGAUGGAAAAGAAACUUAUGGACUACAUUGAUCAGCGAAUAUAUAAACUCCAAGAGCACAUAGAUAAUAAGAUUGCUCUGUUAGUGGACUUGCUGCAAAAUCCCAGCUCCCCACCCAGUGGGAUGCCUCUAAGACAUUAUGACUCUGGAGAAAGACUUUCAAAUGGAGAAAGAUAAGUGCUCAGCAUAUACAAUGUACUACAGAUUUUUGGUACAUAUUUAUUACAAAAGCAAAACCCAAAAGUUCAAAGAAAGUAUUUAAUAUCAUUUGAGGAUCAUUCUCUUACAUAAGGUGACCUCAAUGUUCAUUUUAACUGUACUUGUCAGUGUAAAUCCAGUACUGUAUACAGAGAGUUAACAACACUAUAAAUUAUUUUUGUUUGCGAUAUUUUUCACUUUUAUAAGAAAUUCACAUAUACUCUGGGUUGUUUGAGUGUUUGAAGUUUUUAAGGAUUUCUAAUUCAGUUCAUUAGUUUGUAUGGUAUGUGUUUGAAGUACUGUUUUAAGUUAUACAAAACCUUGUAUUUAGUAGUAUGAAACAAAUAGAGUAUUUGAUAUUUUUUCUAAUUGAUUAUUCUUAGAAAAACUGAGUUCUUAAGACUUGCAACCCUUCAGAUCACCAAAUUACAUUUUAUAUUGUUUGUUUCAGGUAAAUAAUUCAAUGUGAUGUUUGGUGUGUAUAAAAUUAGUUUACAGUGGCACCAUUAAUUUUAAGUUCUGUCACUUUGUAGCUAUAGAUAAGAAAGUAAAAAUCAGAAUUGGCCUAUUCUUUGUUAGGAUUAUUACUUUAGGUUUGGUGUUUGAUAUAAAACAGGAGAAGUCAUCUUGUUGUAUCUUAAUGAGCCCAGAAAGUAUAAGGAAGUCUCCUUUUCGGAGCUGAUACAGGUUCUUCCCUCCAGAGCCUUUUCUGGUUGUUUCAAGUGUUUAAAGUGCACCCUGCCCUGAGAGUAAGCCACAUGCAUUGAGGCAGUUGCAGUCCUCUCUGGCUGACUUAAAUUUCAGAAAUUUAAACUAUUGUAUAUCUGGUGAACGGUGACAUAUUUACAUCUAAUAAAUAAGUGCAUCCACUCUGGAAACUACUUGUCUUAAGUAGAAGUAUUUUCUUUUCAUCUAAUAUUUAAGAUGAAAAGGAGUAUUUUACACAUUUAGUAUUUUGGUGACUUUAGCCCUUUAAAGUGAGAACUGACGUGAUGUUUGUUCAUUUACAAAUCACCGACUUCAGCGGCGCGAGGACCCGUGUCCUGUCAUCAGGCUUUUCCUGACUCAUUCACAGUCGAUGCAGCCAUUAGGUCGCAUUUCUUGGCAGCUUUCAAGGGAGGCGCGUCUCACAACUGAACCCUUUUCUUAACAGUUACACAGCCUCUGAUAGUUAUGGUCUGUUCUUUGAUUCUGAAAUUCCCGCAGUAUAGUUAUAUAACAAUAACACAUAGUUAUGUUUAUAAAAUGAGUAAAACAAGUGAAAUAUGCAUGAUACAGAACCUAGAAAUAGUUCAGAUGAGCUUUACUUCUGGUCUUCCAGUAAUUUUUCCAUGUUAAUGAAUAAAUAAAUUACAUUUUAUAUAUAUUAGAAAAUCAUGGGUGUUGAUUUUCAUAUAUUUAUAUACAGCCAUAUAUAUCUGAAUUUAUACAUAUGUAGUUGUUUUAUUAAAGUUCUUGUUUCCUAAGAAAAGACUGCCUGAAUUUGCUCAAACAGGAGAAGCAGACGAUAGUACUUACUAAAUCUCUAUUAAGUCUUUUUUUCUUACAAUAUUUCUCCCUUUGUGUGUGCCCCAGCCAGUAGGCCGAGUCAAGGAAGUCAGGGCCAGCAAGUGCAGGGGAGUCCGGACAACCCCGCAGGUUGAAGUAGCUGCAAAGGAUGUGUGCGUUAUCAAGAAAUCAAAUCAACAUACAGGUUAUAUAUUUAAAUUUUCACAUUGUCCCCCCUUUGAGCAUUACUCCAUCUCCCUCCUUCCCAGGGGGGCAUACAGAGGUGUUCAUCCGUUUUCCGUAACUGAGUUCCAGCCUUCUGAAAGACUGCUGCUGUGUGAUCCAUCUUAAAGUGUGACGGUGGAGACUAGCGCUCGGGCUGCUCCUCCCCAACACCCAGCCAAGCUUCCUAGGCCGCCACCACGGGACCUGCCCUCCCAGCCUGCCCUCCCUCCCCAGGCCGCUGCCCAGGCUCUUGGUCCCAGCACACACGCCUCCUCCUCCACUGAUCCCCACCUCUCCCUGUGCUGCACCCUCCAGAGCUCAACUCAGAUGCAGCCUCGCGAGGCCGCCCUUGGUCCCUCCCUUCCCCGGAAGCAAGCAAGCAGCUGGACAAGCAACAUGUGAAGAAACCACACUGAAGGCUCUUUUGUGGGGGAAGUAAAACGGUUUAGCUUGGCUAAAGCAUAGGACGCCUGUGAGGCAGUGGCUAAACCUAAGGCUUGGAAGGUGGCCUGGGUCCAGCUUUGGAAAACCUUGACGGCUCCACUCUGGAGAUUUGUUAGCACCAAGGAAUCUGUGG